AUGCCGCGCGACGACUACCCCUCCGCCAACCAGGCUUUGUUUACACCGGGUUAUAACACCGAGUGGAACCCAGUUCCUUCUCUCCCUAUGCCUGCUCUGCAAUCGAACGCCCUGGCAGAGUCCGACGGCUGGCCCCAGUUCUUAGGCCCGGCUGCCGCCUUGCCUGUGUCUACUCCAGACAUCAUGGCUAAGGUUGGCGACUUCAACUACGCCCAGCGACUCAACAGCUUCAACCUCAAUGCACCCGUUCCCACUGGGCACCCAAGUGCCAUGGGAGAGGUUGGAAACUACAAUCAAGAGUUCACGAGCUACAUGCCUUCUGUACACCCAAAUGGCAAUUAUGGUAUGAAGAUGCUCGAUAACACUCCCACCACUAACCGAGGCCCAUCUCUCCUGGGUAUCGAUGCCAACGGGGCCUCUCCAAGUUUUGAUGGAGGAGACUCUACUACACAAUCAAUUGCGAGCGCGCCUUCUAGUAAUAGUGGCUGGACCAAGGAGCAGGACAAUUUUCUCAUGAAUGUCAAAAGCCAAGGUCUUGGAUAUUCCGCUAUUCAAGAUGAGAUGAGAAAGGAAUUUGGGUGGACUAGGAACAAGAACGUGUUAGUCAAGCGCUUCGCUGUGUUGAAGAAGCGCUGCAAACCCCAGAUCAAAACUCGUAUUGUUCGAGAUAUAUCCAAAAGGAUUACUCCUGAAAUCAUCAAGGCUGUGGGAAGAGAACUCGAGAAAGUUACCUCUUCUGGUAGCAACAGCAUUGCAGCAGAGCUUGAGGAUCUAGUCCCAUUAAGGCUCCCGGAGUUUCUUGAACGCUUAGUCGCAGAUGUUGGUGUCUCGCUUCAUCAGACAGUUGAGGAUCAUAAAAGGUCAUCUGCUUGA